GACACAACAGCAUUUAUUAGGCUUGCAGGCAUAGCUGAAGAAGAAGGCAAGGUCUGAUUUUUCAAUAGUCAAUAGUGUCAUGGGACGGGGGAACACUGGAUAAUUUCUUAAUGACAUGAUGAGCCCUAAUAUUUAUGUGGUAAUAUGAUAAUUUUAGGAAUUGAUGCCUAAAAUGAGAUUGAGACAACAGGGAAAGAAAAGGAAAGAAGCAUAGAUUUUGAGUCAGUCUACUAACUUUUUGGUAAUUUUCCUGCCAAUUCUUACUUCCUGUGAGACACAGUGUGGGCAGUACUAACAUUUGGCAUAAGCUGUAGCUUCUCUUUUGGGCAUGCAACAGAAAGCUCUUUUCCUUUCGGAGAUGUACUUGUUAUGUCUGAUGCUGUAGGAGGGAGACUGAAUGACAGAAAAAAUCAAUUUCUCCAUCAUGAUUAUGUUGAGAGCAAUCUGAAAGAGCUAGGAUAACUGGACUCCAGACAGCAACAUGACUGAACGCUUUGAUUGCCACUACUGCCAAGAGUCUCUCUUUGGUAAGAAGUACAUCCUGAAGGAGGACAGCCCCUACUGUGUGAAAUGUUAUGAAAAUCUUUAUUCCAAUACCUGUGAGGAAUGCAAAAAACCUAUUGGCGCUGACUGCAAGGAUCUGUCUUACAAGGACCGCCACUGGCAUGAAAACUGCUUCCACUGCUUCCAGUGCAAGAAUUCAUUGGUGGACAAACCUUUUGCUGCAAAAGAGGAGCAUCUACUUUGUACUGACUGCUACUCCAACGAAUACUCUUCCAAAUGUAAUGAGUGCAAGAAGACUAUUAUGCCAGGUACUCGGAAGAUGGAAUACAAGGGCAACAGCUGGCACGAGACCUGCUUUAUCUGCUACCGCUGCCAACAGCCCAUUGGGACAAAGAGCUUCAUCCCUAAGGACAAUCAAAACUUUUGUGUACCCUGCUAUGAAAAGCAGUUUGCCAUGCAGUGCGUCCAGUGCAAGAAGGCUAUCACCACAGGAGGUGUCACCUACCGGGAGCAGCCAUGGCAUAAGGAGUGCUUCGUGUGUACUGCGUGCAAGAAGCAGCUGUCUGGACAGCGCUUUACCUCCAGAGAUGAGUUUGCAUACUGCUUGAGCUGCUUCUGCAACCUCUACGCCAAAAAGUGUGCUGGAUGCACAAACCCAAUCAGUGGACUCGGAGGAACCAAGUACAUCUCUUUCGAAGAACGGCAGUGGCAUAAUGAUUGCUUUAACUGUAAGAAGUGCUCCCUUUCAUUGGUGGGUCGUGGCUUCCUCACAGAAAGGGAUGACAUCCUUUGCCCUGAAUGUGGAAAGGAUAUUUAAAGCUCAAACUAAGAGGUGAGGAAGAAGGGAGGAAAGCCGUACUUGCAAUAUAUAGUCUGAAACAUAUGGAUGUUCAGAGCUAGCUUUGCCACUCUGUGUCUCACUGCACUAUUAACAUUUCAUAACCUUUUUCUUUAUACUCUCCAAAUAUGGAGGGAAAAUAACUUGAAAAUCUCUAAUAACAGUGUCAGCGCUUAAGAUUUCUACCCAUAACAAAAGUUAAUGCAAAACUCAUGAUGUAAAACUCUUUGGCUGGUUUUGACAUAAAAUACUUUUUUAAAGUUUUUUUUUUUUUUUUCCUAAAAAUUAUUCCUGUUACAAGCAUGAUACAGUUCAAAGAUUAAAAUGGCCACACGCAAUACAUUCAUAGGUGGAUAUUCAGGGUGAAGCCUUCAGCCCACUGAAAUCAAUGGCAAAGGCCAUUCAAUUCCAAUAAGGCUGAUGUAACCCUAGUGUUCUUGAGCUACGUGACUAGUGUGUGCUGUUAAGUCUGUGGAAAGAUUGCAAAAGUAGAGUGUGUUUCAAUGUACAUGGAUUUGCGACAUGCCAUAAAGAGAUAAUGAUGAAACAGUGGAAGUUGGAGUGCUUCAUGACAGGUACAUAUUUUAUUGCAUGUCUAGCUGAUCAUUGUGUGAGGUACAAGUUCUGGUCAACAGUAUCAGUAUUACAGUUAGUUGACAUUACACUGCACAUUGUAUUUUUCAAAAUAAAACUGUUUAAAACAAAA